GCAUCGAUCCCCGAGAGUACAUUCACGUCGCUUAGCUAGCUAGCUACUAACAAUAUAGUUCCAUGCUCUGAAAAGGGCAAAUUUAGUUAUGUUGGGCAAUCAUGGCAUCCAACCUGUCACUCUGAUUUUCCACAACACGAAAAACUGUUUUCUUCACCUUCCUUCAAACUUGUUAAAACAGCUCUCUCUCCAUGACAACCAGGCCCUGGAGCUGUCCUGGGGUCAUGAUGCCCGUGUGUUUCUCAGCUGGACCAGAAGCAGAAGCCCUGCCAACCAGGAGGACCAUAAAGUAGCGCUGAGCAGGCAACUGGGAGAGAAGCUUGGACUCAGAGAUGGAGAGCAGGGCUUCUUGCGGUCGUGCCAGCAAGUCCUGUCUGUACAGCAGGUGUUUGUGGAGCCACUCUCCUCUGACGACUGGGAAAUCCUGGAGCUCCACAGUGCAGCGCUGGAGCAGCAGCUCCUGGAUCAGAUUAGAGUGGUGUUUCCUGAUGCAGUGUUUCCUGUGUGGGUGGACCAGAGAACAGUCAUCUACAUCAGAAUCGCUUCACUCACCCCAACUGUACCGUACGGUCGAUUAGAGCAGUUCACAGAGCUACACAUCUCUCCUAAAAUUCGUGCUGGAAGUGAGGACCUCUCCUUCGCUCCUUUUGGAUCAUCCUUAUCCAAUCAGAACCAGCCCCUCCACAGGCAGCCAAACUUUGACCUCUCACCCUCCUCCAGGUCCUCUCAGGAGUUCAGCGUUCAGGAGACUGGACUUCCUGUAGAACAAUGUCCUAACGCUGCUGCCCUCCAGAGCCCCCAGCAGUGGGGCGGGAUAGCAGACGUAAAGAGCCUGGUCAGGUACAUGCUAACAGGGAACUUUGACCCUGUGAGAGAGACUCCCCCCAUCCCCACCAUCCCUGCCCUCCUCAGUGACUCAGUCUUCAGAGUGUGCAGAGCACCGCCCGUGUCUCCUGGCCCUCUGAGUGCCACCCAUGGGGUUGUCCACAUCCUGCCCUGGGGCCAGCAGAUGGGAGGUAAUAUCAAUGGAGGCCAGCCAGCUGUGACGUACGGCCUACUGUCCAAGGUGCUCUCUCCCAAGGAGGUGAGAGAGAGGGCUAAGCAGGCCAUGGAAAAGAAGAAGAGUGGCGGUGCUGGUGGUGCUCCCCAGCCCGGUGGUGCUGGUGGUGCUCCCCAGCCCGGUGGUGCUGGUGGUGCUCCCCAGCCCGGUGGUGCUGGUGGGGCAGGAGACAGGGAGGAAAAAGAGGAUGCCACUGUAGUCAAGGUGGUGUGUCACCUUACAGAGGGGCUGAAAGGGACGCAGGGACCAUCUAGAGAGGGAGAGCUCCACAGUGGAAGGGUUUGGAUCCCACAAUCCCUGGAAACUAGUCUUCAUAUCAACCCACACUCAUCAGUGAGAAUCAAGCCAAUCAAGUCAACUCCUAAAGUAGCCACCAGUAUCCACCUGCAGCCUUUACAACCACUGCCUGCAGCAGAGAGUGAGGUGGAGAUUCAGACUGCCUUCCUGGGUUGGCUGCACACCCAGAGCCACGAACCACUAGCCUGUCUGGCCGGCCGCUCCAACACCAUCCUCCUACCUGCCACUGAAGGCAAGGUGGAGUUUGCUCUGACUGUGUUGAAGUCAGAACCUGAGACGGAGAGUAAAGCGCCUGACCAGUUGUUUCUGUUGUCUCCAUGUGUGAUACAGAAAACAGACAUACAGGUUGUCAGGGAACCUGUAACCGUGCCUACAAUGAAAGCCAUGGGUGAGACACCUAAUCAAGAUCUACCCUCUCUCAGCAGUCUUGGUGGUGUGGAGGAGCUGAGCAGGACUGGGUUUGACUUCCUCUCCCACAGCCUGAUGGGACGGCCUCUCUCUUGGGAGCUGGUGUCCACCGGCCGGGGCCUCCGGGGCGGAGCCCUGCUCAUCACAGGGGCCAAGGGAAGUGGGAAGACAGCUCUCUCCAGAGCUCUGUGUAGGAAAACUAUGGAGGACCUGGAUGCUCAUGUGGAGGUGGUUGACUGCAAAAAGCUGAAAGGGAAGAGAGCAGAGACCGUGAGGCAGAUAUUGGAAGAGGUUUUUGAACAGGCGGUGUGGAGACAGCCCUCUGUGGUCCUGCUGGAUGACCUGGAUCAUGUGACGGGGGCACCGACCUCACCGGAACAUGAACACGGACCAGAGGCUCUGCUAAGGCUGCACAUUGCCCAGAGUCUAAGGGACAUGGUACAUGACGUGGUGGUGCGCUCCAGCCUGGUGUCUCUGGUCAUCAGCAGUCACAGUGAACAUUCCCUCCACCCGUCACUCAGGGAGGUGCAGGGCUCCCACUUCCUCCAGGGCUUCAUACACAUCCAGCCUCCUGAUCAGGCCCAGAGAGGAGAGAUCCUGCGCUGUCUGAUCCUCAGUAAGACUGCUGUAUCCAAAGAGACCCUACACACGCUUGACCUGGGGAUUGUUGCCAAGGAAACAGAGGGCUACCUGCCCCGUGACCUGGCCCUGCUGCUAGAGAGGGCCAUCCAUGCCAACGCCCUACACAGGGCACGCAGCACCCAGGGAAUGUGUCUGUCGUGGAGGGAUUUUGUGCAGGCUCUGAAGGGCUUCACCCCUCCCACCCUGUGGGGGGCUCAGCUGCAGAGCCCCAGUGGUGCAGGCCUUGAGAGGGUAGGGGGGCUGCAUCAAGUACGCCAGUUACUCAUGGACACCAUCCUGCUACCGGCCAAGUAUCCGGUGCUCUUCUCCAGCCUUCCCAUCCGGCAGCGCUCAGGACUUCUGCUGUACGGCGCUCCAGGCACUGGGAAAACCCUGCUGGCUGGUGCCGUGGCCAAGGAGAGUGGGAUGAACUUCAUCAGUAUCAAGGGUCCCGAACUCCUCAGCAAGUACAUUGGAGCCAGUGAGCAGGCUAUCAGAGACGUCUUCCAGAGAGCCCAGGCUGCUAAGCCCUGCAUCCUGUUCUUUGAUGAGUUUGACUCCUUGGCACCCAGGAGGGGUCACGACAACACCGGGGUCACUGACCGGGUGGUCAACCAGCUACUGACCCAGCUGGAUGGGGUGGAGGGACUACAGGGUGUGUAUGUCCUGGCUGCCACUAGUCGUCCAGACCUGAUAGACCCUGCCCUGCUGAGGCCUGGCCGCCUGGACAAGUCCCUCUACUGUCCCCCUCCUGACCAGGAGGCGCGUGUAGAGAUCCUGAGGGCUCUGAGCCACUCGGUUCCCCUGGCUGACGAUGUGGACCUGGAGCAGAUGGCCAGGGCCACAGACACGUUCACUGGCGCUGACCUGAAGGCCCUGCUGUACAACGCCCAGCUAGAGGCCAUCCACAGCAGCCUGGGGCCCAGCCUGCUGCAUGACCUGGGCUCGGGUUCGGACAGCGACAUAAGCCUGUCCUCCAUGAUCUUUCUGAACCACAGCAGUGGGUCUGAUGACUCGACUGGGGAAGGGGAGAGAGGGUGCGGGCUGGACCACUCCAUGGUGCUGCUGGACCCCAGUGAUGUCCCCCCUGAGGACCCCCGUGGUGUCCCCCCUGAGGACCCCCGUGGUAACAUCUGGAGGCUGUACUUCGGCAGCUCCUUUGAGUCCGAGCUGGGCAACCCUUCCCCCUCAGGACUGAACUCCCAGGGUGUCUCUGGGCCCAACUCUAAUGACCUGACCGGUGCGUCGGUCAGAGACCCUGGCUUCUCCCACCCCCCGGCCUAUAUGUCCUCUCUACAGGAUGGCUACGAGGAGCUCAGCCAUGAGCAGCUAGACCACCUCCGUCUGGAAAUCAGCAACAUCAAGAGCAACUACAGACGAGCUACUGAGGACAGUGUCCCGGUCCAGGGUGGCCCCACCAGGCCAGGUCUGCUCCUGUGUCAGGCCCACCUCACCUCAGCCCUGGAUACCACCAGAGCCUCCCUCAGCAAGCAGGACUGGAGGAGGUACACAGACCUGUAUGAGUCCUUUGGAGCUUCGGGAGAAGGAAAGUCUCAGAGCACAGUGACGUUCAAACCCGGCCAAAGAGUAACGCUCGCUUAAUGACACGUGUAUGUCUAUCUGUUAAUUUUGACCUGCAAAUGUAAUGGUAAUUUAGCCAUUUUUAUUUAAUGUAUCUGCUACAUAAUAUAAAUAUGAUUGUACACUAUUGUAUGAUACGGACAUAUUGAUGAUUAAUGUUUCCAACUAAAUUAUCAUGUAAAAAAACAUGUAAAAAUGUACAAUGUAUCACAAAUUAAACAAUUAGCAUUAUGAUAUUACUUCAUAUUUUUUACAUUUCAUUUAUCAUGUUUAUUUUCUGAUGUUACACCUACAGUACUGUAUAAUUGUGAUAUCACUAAUGCAGAGGCACAGGUUUUCCAGCUAGGAACCAGCAGAUCAGGGGUCCUCAAUUUCGUUCAGCCGUGUGACACUUUUUUUUUCUUGAGCAUCUGGGACAUGGUUAUAAUUUGUACACUACAAAAAGACAGAAUAAAACCCAAACAGAUAAAGUGUUUGACAAAUAAAAAAUAAAAUUCAAACCUUUGAUUUACA